UUAUCCCCUUCUUCCUCAGGCCUAAACCUUCCUGGCACCAUCCAAACUCCGCUGUCCCUUGGAACAGACUACCUAAGAUUUCCCGGAUUCCUCUAACCGAGCAGCGUCUUCUUCGACUUCAAUAUGCCGCUCCUCGCACAGAACCCCGCACCUCGGGUUAUCCUCGGCUUGAUGACCUUUGGGCCUAAUGAAGCUGAGGGUGCUCGUAUCACCUCCCUUGAGGAUUUCAACAAAUGCCUGGACUAUUUUCAACAGCAAGGUUUCAAUGAGGUCGACACGGCAAGAAUCUAUGUUGGAGGAGAACAAGAAGCGUUCACUGCCCAAGCCAAGUGGAAGGAGCGUGGUCUGACCCUUGCAACAAAGGUGUAUCCGAAGGCUCCGGGCAUGCACAAGCCUAGUGUCUUGCGAGAGACCUUCGAAACGUCUUUGAAGCAACUGGGAACAGAUAGUGUUGAUAUCUUCUACCUUCAUGCACCUGACAGGUCGGUUCCCUUUGCGGAAACCUUGGAGGCUGUGAAUGAACUGCACAAGGAAGGCAAAUUCAUAGAACUCGGUCUGAGUAACUACACUGCCUUCGAGGUUGCGGAGAUUGUGACCAUUUGCAACGAACGAGGCUGGGUCCGGCCGACAAUCUACCAGGCCAUGUACAAUGCCAUCACACGCAGCAUAGAGACCGAGCUAAUCCACGCUUGCAAGCGCUACGGCAUUGACAUUGUAAUUUACAACCCCCUUGCUGGUGGACUUCUCUCGGGCAAGUAUAAGACCCAAGAUGUGCCAGAAGAAGGUAGGUACAGUGAUAAGGCCAACAGUGGAUCAUUGUACCGCAGUCGGUAUUUCAAGGAUGCGACAUUUGACGCUCUACGAAUUAUCGAGCCUGUCGUGGAAAAGCAUGGAUUGACUUUGCCCGAGACUGCGUUUCGGUGGAUCCGCCAUCACUCUGCAUUGAAUAUCAAAGAAAAUGGCCGUGAUGGAAUUAUUGUAGGAGUGAGUAGCCUUUCUCAACUGGAAAGCAACCUCAAGGAUAUCCAGAAAGGCCCGCUACCCGAUGAAGUGGUUGAGGCUCUGGACAAGGCCUGGUUGGUUGCAAAGGCUUCGGCUCCCGACUAUUGGCACCUUCAGCUAAAAUAUACAUACGACACCAAAGAGGCGUUAUUCAAGCCCAAUGCUAAGGCUUGAAUGCAUACCAGGGUAUCUGGCAUGUCUGAAAUUGUGAGAUUGCAACAAUAGGAAUCAAUGUUCAUGAGAGCAAAUCCAACUCGCUUCGCGACGAAAGCUCUUAGCACGUGUUCUAGCAACUAUUUCCUGUAAGAUAGAAGUAGAAUGGGAAAUGCAGAAACUCACCGGUCCAGGCCAUGUAGCUAUGCAGUGGUUGAACCGACUCGAAGAUCGGUGGGUCUAGAUCGAGAUCCUCCUGCAUGUUCUGCAUAUCUCCAGGCAGGUGACUGUGCCGCACAUAUCCUUUCGCCUGCACGCAUCCAGGUAUUGUCCGAUGUCUGCAGUCUGUCGGGUUCAUGUUGCGAAGCCUGGAUGGCGCUAAUUAUCAGCUGCCCAGGGAUGAUCCUCGCAUAAUACACAGUCAAGAAUGGACUCUAUAGGAUUUAUGCUGUACCCUUGCAUGGCACUUAACCUAGACCAUUGCCUAAGC